AUGUUGCUUGUUAAGUUUGUUGAUUUUCAGGUUGCGAUUAAGAACGAUCUCGAUGUGUUCUAUUUUGCCUGCAUUGUCCCACUGUUGGUGUUUUUCCACGAAUCUGGUCAGAUGGAGAAAAGAGAAUUUUUGGAUAUGUGGAAGGAAAUUCCUGAACAGAACGAACAGCAAUUUGUCAUUCAGAACACUCAAAACUUAUCUGCUGAUGCGAUUUGUGCUAAACUUCAACAGAAUAAUGUGAUGACAGUAGCGAGACGAAGCGUCGAAGGACAGGAGCUAUUGUACCACUCGAUAAAAUACACAAACAACAUUUUUGUGCUCAGCGAAUUGAAAAUCCAUCAGGGAUCCACUGCUCUUACCCUGUCGUUGAAGUCACGUCAUGUUCCAGCAGUUGCCAACAUGAAUGAGAUGUUCCAGCUGAUUCUCAGCAAUUAA